GCGCACGCGUACGCGGCGUGUGUCACGGGGCAGGGCGAACGCGGCGAGGCGCUGCCGGCCUGGCAUACUGUUUCCGCAGACCCUGCCAUCUCCCCUGCCCCGGCCCGGCUCAGCCUCAUGUACCGCGCGCUGUACGCGUUCCGCUCGGCGGAGCCCAACGCGCUGGCGUUUGCCGCGGGCGAGACCUUCCUGGUGCUGGAGCGCAGCAGCGCGCACUGGUGGCUGGCGGCGCGGGCGCGCAGUGGCGAGACCGGCUACGUGCCGCCCGCCUACCUGCGCCGUCUGCAGGGCCUGGAGCAGGAUGUCCUCCAAGCCAUUGACCGGGCCAUUGAGGCUGUGCACAAUGCAGCCAUGCGGGAUGGUGGCAAGUACAGCCUGGAGCAGCGCGGAAUCCUCCAGAAGCUGAUCCACCACCGGAAAGAGACCCUGUCCCGCAGAGGCCCCUCAGCCCCCAGCCCUGCAGCUAUGACCCCAUCCACCAGUGACCACCAUUUGGAUACUGCUGCCGCCAGGCAGCCUAAUGGGGUGUGUAGAGCUGGGUUCGAGCGGCAGCACAGCCUGCCCAGUUCUGAGUAUCUUGGGGCAGAUGGAGGCCUCUACCAGAUCCCGCCACAGCCUCGCCGAGCCGCACCCGCCACGCCACCCCCACCGGUGAAGCGCCGAGACCGCGAGGCCCUAGUGGUCUCAGGGAGUGGCGGCCGCAACACCACGCCCUCUGGGGGCAGUUCUGUGUCCAGCGGCUCCUCUGUCAGCAGCACCUCCCUUGACACGCUCUAUACUGGCUCCAGCUCAUCUGAGCCGGGCCCCAGCUGCUCACCCACACCCCCACCUGUGCCCCGCCGAGGCACGCACACCACUGUGUCCCAAGCUCAGCCCCCUCCCUCCAAGGUGCCAAACUCGGAGCCCCCUACCGAGGAGGUGGCAGUUGAUACAGCCCCAGCCCCCGAUGAGCUGGAGGCCCUGGGUGCGCUGAGCCUGGGGACCGUGGAGGAGAAGGCGGUGACUGAGACUGCCGUGCCCAGGACCAUCGGGGCAGAGCUGAUGGAGCUCGUGAGGAGAAACACCGGCCUGAGCCACGAGCUGUGCCGCGUGGCCAUUGGCGUCGUGGUGGGUCACAUCCAGGCCUCCGUGCCGACCAGCUCACCUAUCAUGGAGCAGGUCCUCCUCUCGCUGGUAGAGGGCAAGGACCUGAGCACUGCCCUGCCCUCAGGGCAGGUCUGCCAUGACCAGCAGCGGCUGGAGGUGAUCUUUGCAGACCUGGCCCGGCGGAAGGAUGAUGCUCAGCAGCGCAGCUGGGCCCUAUAUGAGGACGAGGGUGUCAUCCGCUGCUACCUGGAGGAGCUGCUGCACAUUCUGACGGAUGCAGACCCUGAAGUUUGCAAGAAAAUGUGCAAGAGGAAUGACUUUGAGUCUGUCCUGGCCUUGGUGGCCUACUACCAAAUGGAGCACCGGGUGUCACUGCGGCUGCUGCUCCUCAAGUGCUUCGGCGCCAUGUGUAGCCUGGACGCAGCCAUCAUCUCCACACUCGUGUCAUCUGUGCUGCCUGUGGAGCUGGCGCGGGACAUGCAGACAGACACGCAAGACCAUCAGAAACUCUGUUAUUCUGCCCUCGUCCUGGCCAUGGUCUUCUCCAUGGGGGAGGCAGUGCCCUAUGCACACUAUGAGCACCUGGGCACACCCUUCGCCCAGUUCCUGCUGAGCAUCGUGGAGGAUGGGCUGCCCUUGGACACCACGGAGCAGCUGCCGGAUCUCUGCGUGAACCUGCUUCUGGCUCUGAACUUGCACCUGCCAGCCCCUGACCAGAACAUCAUCAUGGCUGCCCUGAGCAAACAUGCCAAUGUCAAGAUCUUCUCCGAGAAGCUACUGUUGCUCCUGAACAGAGGGGAUGACCCUGUGCGCAUCUUUAAACAUGAGCCGCAGCCACCGCACUCCAUCCUCAAGUUCCUGCAGGAUGUGUUCGCCAGCCCCACCACAGCUGCCAUCUUCUACCACACAGACAUGAUGGCACUUAUUGAUAUCACCGUGCGGCACAUCGCAGACCUGUCACCUGGAGACAAGCUUCGCAUGGAGUACCUCUCCCUGAUGCACGCUGUGGUCCGCUCCACACCUUACCUGCAGCACCGCCAUCGGCUCCCCGACCUGCAGGCCACCCUACGACGCAUCUUGACCGAGGAGGAAACCUCACCCCAGUGCCAGAUGGACCGCAUGAUUGUCCACGAGAUGUGCAAGGAAUUCCCGGUGCUGGGCGAGGCCCCCAGCUAGCACCUUCCUUUCCUCCCUUCCCUGCAGCCCUGGGCAGGGUGCAGGAGACUUGGAGGCUUGGCCCUAAGAAUGUUUUGCACUGACAGUGUGAGGGGAGGUGAUGGUGGAAGGGACCUGAGCAGGGCCCCCCACAUGAAACAGAGUUAAUAUGAGGGGCCAAGCGCAGGAUUGGGGACCAUGCGCUGGGAGCUGUGCUGGGGCAGGGGGAGUGUGAACUGAAGCCCCUCUAUCUCCCGAUAGGCUGCCUCUUCAGCAUGCUCCCCCGCUCCUUACACACAUGCGCACUCAGAGUCCUGCUGCUGCUCCAGGCUGGGCCAGAGCCCUCACCCCCCCACGCCCACCUGGUCUGUGUUCUGGGCUUCGGCAAGCCAUGUCCCUGGGGUGAGAGGAGGCACCUUCCGCCAGCUCUGUUCUUUGCCUUAGCUUCGCAGUGAGUGCUGCUCAUGUGCUCUGUCCCCCCCGCCCCCCCCAGCCCCCACCUCAUGGGGGUCACUGCUCCUCACUCCGACCCUCAGAGGUCUUGGCCAAGCUGCUGCUUUGAAAGCAGAAUCUUGGAGACAGGCCAUCCAUACUGGAGCCUCACAGAAUGACGUGAUGGCUGAUAAAGCCAAUGACAGAAUCUAUUUUCUCUGUAAAAACAUAGACUGAAAAGCCAUGUGUAUUUUCCUAUGUGCUUCAGCUCACCUUUGGAAAUAAAUCAGGCAUCUGGAAACAGGCUUCCCUGUAUGAUCCUGAGUGGUGGUGGGAGAGGAUGGGCAGGGGCGCUGGGGCCUUAGCACCCUGUCACCAGCUUGCCCUGCCCUCUCCAGCCAGAGGAAGUGAUGGUCCCUGACAGGCCUCUCCAUCGAGGUCCCUUGAGCCCUGUUCCAGCCUCUCUCCCCCGGGUUCCCACUUCUCCUGGGCCAUGACCACAGCCACUGAGAGGCCCGUGGUCCAUUUGCAGGUGACUGCCCCUCCAGGCUUCACUUACAUCUUUCUUUGCCUUGAAUGCCAUGUUUCUCUCCGGCCUUGAAACCCUAUAUCCUUUACAGCUGUUCUCAAAUGAAGCAUCUCUUAUCCCAGCCCUGGCCUCCCUGAACUCCUAGGCCUGCCUAGCUGUUUCCCUUCCUCAUUUGUCUUCCACUGGAUCCAGCAAGAUCCCCUCAUUUUGCAGCCUUAGCAGAGAUCUGGUAAUUAUAGUAGGAUAAAAAGAAUAUCUCAACAAUUGUGGAGUUAGAUGUGCACUACUGUUUGAGAGAAAUCAGAAGCCAAUGUUGGGCAAAAACUUUUUCCUUGUGUGCUCCCAAGUUAACGAAGGCCGUCGCCACAAGUUGGGGAGGAGAGUCAGAACCUAUAGGCAGACCCCAGGUAGCAGUGGUUUCCAUCAGUUUCCCUCAUGUUACCCAAGACGAUUCUCAUCUGAUUCUACACAUCUAGAAUCACUGAUACUGUGACUUCUGGCCACGACUUUUCCUUUCUCAGUGGGCUGCUAAAGGCAGAGGGCUGUCACUCUCCCAGCAGAGUGUAACGCAGCAAGAAGCCCAGGAAGGCCAGUCUAGGGGUGUGGUCCCAGGGAAACAAGUCCGUGGGAGCAAAGCACAGGAGGCCAGCCGGGAGAUGUCCUUCCUGAACUGUUGACUCUUCCAGAAGGUUAAGUGCACCGGCUCACCUGGACCUGAGGAGGAGCUGACACAAUGGUCCGCAGGAAAGCUCUGUGUGGUACAGCCUGGUUGCUUCAUCCUGGAGGCCUCUGCCUCCCUUUCUCAGCUGGAAUCAACAACACUGACUUCCAAGUACAGUUCCUUUCUCAUUGGAGUGCUGAAGGCAGAGAACCACAGUUCUCCUCCUGAGAGAGUAUAAUUCAGUGUUAAGCACAGGUCCUUGGGAAGCUGAGGCAGGAAGAUCCGAUAGCCUCUGUGUCUUGCUCUGUUCGCUGUUAGGCUGCAUACACUGACCUCAUGGGAAGAGCAGGGCUGUGCUGUGCCAUCUGUCCUAGUGCUGGCCCCCGUGAGGAAAAAAGUGCAGCCCCGUGGCAGGAGGGGCAGAGCCCCUGCCUGCUUCUGUGUGAUUGUCCAAGGGGCCCCUGCACAUGUUUGUAAGGGGUGCAGGAGCCCCAGCUGACUCCAGGCAGCAAACACACACUCACAGGGGCCAGGACUCCAGGACCAUCAGCAAACACCUUGAUGGUGUCUCACGGCACAAAAUUAAAACUAUCAGGGAAAAUGAUUAGCCAGAGAAUUCCUCAGGGAAGGAACUGUCUGAGAGAACACCUCUGGCUGCUUGGAAGGAUGGUAGACAUGGAUGUGGUUAGGCAGGGGAAAGGGCAAAGAAAGGGAGAACUAAGUCACUCAAAGAAAGGGGAGUGAUUGGGUGGGGCUGAGGGGCAAUGAGGGCCGGGGGUUUGGGCCGACCUCCGGGCUAGAAGUGGAUCCCUACAGGUGUGGCACCAUGUCUAUGGGACAUGACUGAGGAUAACAGUCUACAUGUGCAUAAGGCAACUCUAGGCUAAGGGGUUGGGUGAAGACCACGUACCUGCUCAGCCCCCAGAAGAUACAGACUGAAGCUCCAGGUAUGUGAGGACAAGCUUUUCUCUUGUUUAAUGGAAGAAUAACAUACUAUGAAAACUACAGUAUGCCAAGAGUGCAGCUUAAUGAAUUAUGACAGAUGAUGCUAAUAUAGUCCCCACCCAGUGUCACCGGUUCCCAAAGCCCACUGUGCACCCCUCUUAAUCACCAAUUCCUCCCUUCUCCCCAGACCUCUUCCCCAGAGGUAACUGCUGAUAGGUUUUGCCCUGUUUUUGAACUUUAUAUAAAUGGAAUCAUAAACACUGGCUUCUUCACUCACCAUCAAGUUUUUGAGGUUCGUCUAUGUCAUAGUAUGUGGUAC